AUGUCUUCCAACGCAGAACCCGUCGCCGCCGCCACACCUUCAAGGGUGAGUAAGCCCGCCAUAGACGCCGGCGUAAGCGCUCUGUUGAAACACAAAGCCGCCCAAUCCGUCAACGAGAAGCCCCAAUUACUGCCGCAAGAUGAUUAUUUCUCCCUUAACCUCACCCGAAAGAAAAUCCCAUCAAACCCUCGCACGAAUCCCUACAGAAUCCCGCUUCCAAACCCCGUUUUGGACGUCGUCAACUCGGAGGUAUGUUUAAUCGUGGACGAUCGGCCGCGAACGACGCCGCCGCCGUCGGAUGAAAUCAAAAAAUUGAUUAAAUCUCAGAACAUACAGAUUUCAAAAGUGAUAAAGUUGUCGAAGCUGAGGGCGAACUACAAGCCCUUCGAGGCAAGGAGGAAGCUUUGCAAUAGCUACGACAUAUUCUUGGUUGAUAAAAGGGUUGUUCAUUUGUUGCCUAAGUUGAUAGGGAAGGAGUUCUUCAAGAAACAGAAGCUGCCUUUAGGGGUGGAUUUGGGAAAAAAGAAUUUAAAGUUGCAGGUGGAGAGGGUUUUAGGGAUUGCUUUGUUGUUUAUUGGGACGGGGACCUAUUCCGUGCUCAAGGUUGGUAAGGUGGAGAUGGAGAAGGAUGAGAUUGUGGAGAAUAUGUUGGACGCCAUCAAGGGAGUUAUUGAGAGGGUGCCGAAGAAAUGAGAUGGUGUGAGGAGCUUGCACUUGAAGUUCUCUGAUUCGGUGGCUUUGCCGAUUUACCAGGUGAUGAUGAUGAGGAGUAAUAUAUGCAGAACAGAGGAAUGACUUUACCAGGGGAAUCGCGGGAUGCAGCGAGAUGGUUUUCGCCAGAGGAGACACACUCGCCAGAGGAAUCACACUCGCCAGAGGAACGGGCUCUCGCGGAAGAGUCAGAGGGAUGGAUCUUACCAGAGGAACAACUUACACCAGAGAAGUCGCUCUCGCCAGAGGAAUGGUCUUCACCAGAGGAAUCAUCGGAAACGCGGGGAAGUCUCCCGCGUGAAGGCGAUUUUACUAUUAUGCCCUUGACCACGCAAGACGCAUGCUCCAAUGCUGAAUUUACCAUUUUACCCUCUACGUGUAAUCUAUAAAUAGUGGCCUAUGUGCUCCUUGUAAUUUUACGUUAUCUUUACUCUCGAAAUACAACAGCACUUUUCCUCUCAA